CAUGACAAGAGAAACAGCCUUUCGAAUUAUGAUCAUCGGGCCCCGCUGGUCAGGGAAGAGCUCCACAGGAAACACUAUCCUGGGACUACCGCUGUUUGAGAGUGGCCGAAUUCGGACUCUGCAGUGUGAGGUCCGGAGAGGUACCGUAUGUGGACACAGACUCACCAUUGUGGACGUACCUGGCUGGAGUCAAAUCCCCAUCACAAAGACAUCUGUGGCCAACAAGCAGAACUUUAAACUCAGCUGGACCAAGUGUCUCCCAGGCCCCCAUGUCUUCCUACUGGUCAUUCCCAUGGACAAAGCCUUUACCAAAGAUCAGGGUCAGUAUGUGCAAGAGUACUUGAGUCUUCUGGGGGAUCAUGUGUGGAGACAUGUGGUGGUGAUCUUCACCAGUUGGGAUUACUUGGAUAAGAAGACCACGAUUGAUGACCAUAUUGAGAGUGAAGGGGAGGUUCUUAAAAAGGUUCUAGCAAAAUGCGAAAAGAGGUUCCAGGUGUUUGACAACAAAAACAACACCAAUCCAGAUCAGGUACAAGAGCUACUCCCAAAGAUUGAAGAACUUGUGAAGAUGAAUGCUGGUGGUUUCUACAAGGCAGAUGAGAAGAUCAUGGAGGCCAUUACUGAGAAGAGGAAACUGGCAGCAGAGAUGGCAUCACAGAGGAAGAUGGAGACCGACAGAAUAAGAGAGACGCAAAGACAGCUUCUGAGAGAACUUGAACAAAAGGAGCCAAUCGCAGAACUUAGGGUGGUUCUUCUUGGAAAUUGACAUGUGGGAAAGAGUGCCACCCUGAAAACAAUCCUAGGAGAGAAGGUCCAUAAGUCUGGGAAGAUGACAACCAGCUCAGUGAUGUACGAGGGACAUGUGGAUCAAACCCUUAUUAAAGUUGUGGACACUCCUGGCUGGUUGAAGAACUUGAAUGUGAAAGACACCACAGAGCAUGUUAAACAGGAAAUCAUGCGGAGCGUCUUCCUGUGCCCUCCAGGACCACAUGUGUUCCUGUUGAUCAUUGACACAGAAGCCUCAUUCAGCAACAUGAUGCGCUGGAGAGCCAUCUGAGGUUGCUAGGAGGAAACAUCUGGAAACAUGUGAUUUUGGUGUUUUCCAAAGGUGAUUGGUUGAGGGAACCAUCCAUUGAGGAACAUAUUGAAAUGGAAGGAGCAGCGCUCACAGACCUGGUCAACAAGUGCAGGAACCGCUACCAUGUUCUACGUAACUGAACUACAGUAUGGACGCCAGCGCACAACUCACAGAACUGCUCCAGAGAAUGAAGGAGCUUGUUGCUGAAAAUCAAAAGGACUUUUUCAGAUCUGAUGAGAACGUGUUUAAGAUCAUCAAGGAAAAGAGGAGACUUGUGAAGCAGAGGAGCCGAGAGAGGACAGAGGAAAUCAAGGCAACGAAACAAAAAGUGACCUGGGAACAUCUAUCCGUGUGGUUUUGCUGGGGCAGAAAAAGGUGGGAAAGAGUGCUGCUGGAAACAGUGUUCUCUGCCAGGACCUACUGCACAUACUUUGCGACACUGAGUCCCAGCAGGCCACAACAGAUGUGGCUGGCCGUAAAGUCCUUGUGGUAGACACCCCUGGCUA